UUAUGUGGAUCGUAACCAUAGGGCAUAGACUUAUAAACUAUAUAAGUAAAAUUUGGAACAUUUUUACGGUCAUAUCCUCCGGUAGGUGCGUUACGUGUGCGCAGAGUGCCAUAGUCCGUAAGCUGUAGACUUGAACCACGAUUAAACUAUUAAAGAUACUAUCUAUAAUAGCCGUGACUUGAACCAAAAAUGUUUACAAUCAUAGAUAAAGAAGUAACAAGUUUUUGAUAUCAGCCAUUUAUUUUACACGCAACCAUAGACCUUAGACCAUAUACCUUACUGAACACUACACGAGACGUACCUACACACGUCCUUACUACAACUACGGCUUCAUAACGACUUCUAUAGUUCUAUAGUAACUACCUACAUAACCUAAUAUUAUUCAAUAUUGUUUUUGUAACCAUGAGCCAUGAGCUAACACUGAUACGGAACGCAUGCUUAUUGCUUAUAACUUAUUAGUUAUUAAUAUUGGUUUUUCAGUUUUCUUAAUUAUAUGUAAGUAAGUAGGCGUGUUGCCAGUCGUGGUUGUCGUUGUUUUUUAAUCUUAAAUAUCGUCAUAAAUCUGAAUUUUUUGUCAUACUUAUACGCAUAAAAAAAACACUGAAGACUGAAUUUAAUUGACAUUUAAGUGUCGUUUCGUACCAUUUUCUAUGAUGUCCAAUCCAAUUGAAAUUGAUGAGAUAAUUUCUAAUUUAAGAGCAACCAUCACAUCAAAUAAAGGUGGUGUACAAUUAAAUUGUAUUGAAUCUGAUUAUAAAAAUUUAAUUGGUGAACAUAUACCGUAUCAGAAACUAGGAUACAACUCUUUGUUAGAAUUUCUUGAGUCUCUCAAGGUAUUCAAAAUUAAAAAUAUUGGAUUUAACAAAUUUGUGCAUGUUGUAAGUGAUGGAAAGACUCAACAUUUGGAAAAAAUGAUAAAUAAACAAAAAACAAAAAAGUCUAAGCGUUCAAAAUCUAAGUUUCGUGUGGUACCACCUAAGAAUUUUAAUCAUACCUAUAAUAGCUACAACAGUUCUAUGCAAAAUCGGUUGAAAAAAAAAAGACAACUGGUCAAUAAUUUUGAAAAACAUACCGCUGAUGUAAAUCCUACCAUCAAAGAAAAUUGUAAAUUACCAAAAAUAAAAUAUGAAAAUAAAAUAUUUCACAAAAAAAAUAAAUUAAAAGUAUUUGCUCAAGACCGGUUACAAAAAUAUGAGAAAAAAGAUAUUUAUCAAAUUGAGGUUAAGAAUGAAGAAUUAAAAAUUAAUUCUACAAUAAAUAAGAAAUCAAAAAGUGAGACUAUAAUAAAUGAAGAUUCAAAAAGUGAAACUAUAAUUGAAGAUUCAUUUCUGGAACUAUCAGAAAUUUUCACAAAAAAAUGCAAUAUUCAUGAAACGGUGUACAAUAUACCAAUACAACCUAAACAAAUACCUACAUAUUACAAUGAUCACACUAGCUUGAAAAUGUAUCAGUAUGUAUUUGAAAGUAAAUGCAAGAAAAUUGUAACAGUGGUAGCUGUUUUAAGUCCUUCAAGCAUUUGUGUCGUAUUGGAAGAUAGCAAUACUAAUGCAGUGAUAACUAUAUUAAAUAAGUUGAAACUAUUUGAUGAAUUUCCAUUUAUCAAAGAAUUUGUAAUAAAAAAAUUAUUGGAAACCAAGUGUAUUUUAAUUCCAGAAAGUGUAAUUACACAUCCCCUUACCGUGACUCUAUAUGAUUUGGAAACUAAGAUGAAUAUAAAUGACGACAUAAUCAGUUGUUUCUUUCAAAAAGUAACACCUAACAUUACUUCUGGAGAUAGAUUUGAUUCUACAGAAGCUAAACUAAUAUCAAUGGAAGCUGGAUAUUGUUAUUUGCAGUUUAAUCAAGAUUUAAUAAAAUCUCUGGAAAAACUUUUUUCAACUGAUCAAUUUUUGGGACCUUGUUUAAAAAAUUCUAGAGAUGUUGAUUAUAAAGAUACAUAUUUGGCUUACUAUGAACUAAACAUUAAGGGAAGAGUUAAAGUGGAGUAUUUCGUCAAUGAUAAUCAAGUUAAAGUAUUUUUUAUCGACUAUGGCCGUUUCAAGAUUGUUGAAGUAAAUUCACUAAUUGAUCUAUUUAGUAUUAAUUCCCUUCUUGUUCGAAUUCCAAGUCAAGCAAUUAAAGUGGCAUUGCACAUGUUUCCUCCCGAAGAUGUUACAAGCAGAACACAACAGGAGUUGUUUAAUAUUUUGGGGAAUAAUACCAAUGUAUCCAUUUAUAAACUUAAGGAUUAUAAGGGACAAAUUCCAUGUGUCCAGUUAUGGAAUAUUGCAUAUCCCGAUACAUUUAUCAAUAUUAUUUUAUAUUCAAGGUUAUUCGAGUACGAGUUUUAGGAGAAAUAAGAAGUUUUCGAUGCAACAUACAAAGAAGACAUUUUGUAUUAUUUAUAUCUAAACAUACAUCAAAUAAAGAGAAGCUAAAAAAUUAAAAA